AUGGCACCCUCCGAGACUGUUAGGCUACGGCUUCAAUUUGAUUACCCGCCGCCAGCCACCCCGCACUGCACGGACUUCUGGCUUCUGGUCGACUUGAACAGAUGCCGGGUAGUCACGGAUCUCGUUAGUCUCAUCCGCCAGCGCUUCGGCUUCAGUUCCGGAGCCCCCCUCGGCCUCUACUUGGAGGGGGCGCUCUUGCCCCACAGCGAGAGCGCGCGCCUAGUACGAGACAACGAUUACCUCAGAGUUAAAUUAGAAGAGAGAGAAGUCGCUGAGAAUCCCGUCCUAGUCAGUAAUGGUGAUGGUACUCAUUUCUUACCUAGAAAAGCAAAGAAGCGGUCAUUGCCAUUGGAAGAGAAUGAAGAAUCUGAUUGCAGAAAUUCAAAGAAGCAGUGGAAGAGGCGAGAGAACAACAGUGAGAAUACCUUGGAUGUGGAACCAAAAGCUGUCACAGCUCAGAGUGGGAAGAAAAAAAGGCGGAAAAACAAAGCCGCAUGUGGCACAGAAGAUGACAAUGAAGAGGCCAAAAGAAAAUCACCAAAGAAGAAAGAGAAACGAGUAUAUAAUAGAAAAAAGACGAAGAAUCCCAAGUCUUCUAAAGCACAGACAGUGAAAGAGCAGACCAUCCAGAAGUGUAGUCCUCCAAAAGGUUCUCCUGCUAGAAACAGCUCUGUCAGAGCCAAGAGGAAAGGUGGCAUGGAUGUUCAGAGGAAAGACAGUCCCACCUCCUCCUCAGAGUCUGAGUCUUGUCAUGAAUCAGCCAUCAAAGAUCUCCGCAGUGUCGUCUUGGAGGUCAGAAAGUCCUCGGAGAAAGUAUCAACUGUGCUAUCAAAGGAAGGGCUCUCUAUAAAAAACACAACUGCAAACAAAGUAGCAACAAAAACUGGCUUGAACUCUGCCCCCAUCGAGGACAAGACAGCCAAAACAUCAGACUCUAGUUCAGACAGUAGUUCGGAUUCAGUUGACCAGUGCAGUGAGUCAAAGAGCACCCUGGAGAAGGCUGCAGGGCCCUUUAAAAAGACAGACGGCCUGUUUGCAGGAAGAGGUUACCCAGUCCCAGGGCAGUCAUCACAGGCUCCUGGUCCUCCAAACGUGACUCUCCCCAUCAGUUUGGGGAGAGGUUGGGGUAGAGGAGAGAGCCUUCUUUCUUGGAGGGGCGUUAGGGGUCGGGGCAUGCAGGGGAGAGGUCAGGGUCAAGGACGGGGACUUGCUCUUCCCCAUGUUUUAAAUAGAGACUCUGACUAUCAGAAGCAGCAGCAUUUAAAUGAAACGGUAACAAACUCAUCUACUAUUAUCCAGAAUCCAGUAGAGAUACACAAGAAGGACUACAGUCUGUUACCACUGUUAGCAGCUGCCCCCCAAGUUGGAGAAAAGAUUGCAUUUAAGCUUCUGGAACUAACAUCUGAUUAUUCUCCUGAUGUCUCUGACUACAAGGAAGGAAAAAUAUUAAGCUACAACCCAGAAUCGCAGCAAGUAGAUAUCGAAAUUCUUUCAUCCUUACCUGUUUCAGCCAUGAAAGAACCUGGAAAAUUCGAUUUGGUUUAUCACAACGAAAAUGGAUCUGAGGUCGUGGAGUAUGCUGUGACACAGGAGAGAAAGGUCACUGUGUUUUGGAAACAGUUGAUUGAUCCAAGACUGAUUAUUGAAUCUCCGAGAAACAACGCAUCAAGUCAUCAAGUACAGAGCUUGCCUGACUGUGACCCUUCCACCUCAUAGUUUAUAAAUGCCUUGUUUGUGAAAGUGACUAUAACCUGAACUUAAAAAAAAAGAUUUGAAAGUCAUAUGCAGUUUUUUAUCUUCACUUGACUGCAUAGGACAAAAUAUCUACCUCAUCAUUUUACAAUAACAUGGGUGUAUUGCUUUCUAGACCUUUUUUUUUUCUUCAGGUUUAAUCUUAGUAACAAAAUUUAAAACAUGACAUUCCCUGUAGGCAUUGUUGCAUACCAGUAUGCAUGUUCUCUUUUUUAUUUUAUUUUUUGACCAUCCAGAAGCCCUUGUCAGAAGCGGUUUAUAGUACCAAGUACAAGAAAGCACUGCACAUCUUGUUUCAGUAAGUUUUAUUAAGUAACAUUUAAAAACAUGACAACAUGUUACUUGACCUAAUUUUUUAUAUUUGAGUUCUAUUAAAUGUGGAACCUCUUACAAACUUCAAGUAUUUUAUCCUUGUAAUUGUCAAGAAUUAACAAGUAGUUGGGUUUGUUGCAGGCAGUGAGUUGAGAAAUCCUUUCACAUUUUUCUCAACUUUAAAGUGAAGGAUCCUUAGGGCUCUGUGUAGAGCAGUGAAAAUAAGACCUGGUGUGUAUGCCUGGGGAGGAACUCCUGUUUCACCUGGGUGAGAGGAUUUGCUAUGAGUUCAGGCCAGGGAUGGGUUAUCUUGCUGCAGGAUCCCCAGCACCUGGCUGAGUGUGCUGGAGGGAGGAUCAUGAAUGGAAGGUUCCUUUCCUAUUAUUCCACACAAAGCUAAAAUGACUGAAUAUAUACUGUGAAAAUUGCUUUCUUCUAACAAGAGAUCAGAUCCCUCCUUCAGCUUUGAGGAUUUUUAAAUAAAAUCAUUGAACUAAAUGUCCAUGCUGAGUUAUCAUAUUUAGUUGAGGAUUGCAAAUCUUUGUUUGUUUUUUACAAUAAUGCGAGAGAUUAAAGUUUUCUGGAACAAGAA